AUGGUUCGGAAAAGAAAGGAACAAAAAGGAGACAACUCCUCGCUCAGCCGUCACGACGACGAAGGUCAACCAUCCUCUUCUUCGGAGCGAAAAACAACAACAACACCAACAACAACCAACGAAUCAUCAUCAUCUUCUCUGGUAAGACUCGAAAAGGAAGCCGUUGUUUCGAGUAGCAUUUCUUUCGAUUCGGAUUUGUCUUCUUCGACUACCACUUCAUCCUCCGAACUGGCAAGCACUACUUCCUCUCCGACCACAACAACAACCACCACUUCAACAACAACAACAACAACAACCACCACUGCAACGAAAACAACAACUUCCAUCACCAAAUAUCAUGCAGGAAAAGAAGAUCAUUCACUGAGUGCUUGGCUCUGUCGUUUGUACUUUAUCAGUGGACUCUUUCUUUCAUGGGUGUGUUGUUGUGUGAUUGCAUUGCCUCUCUAUCUGUUGCAUGUCAUGUUUGGAUUUGAUAAAAAUCGAACAUUGAUUGGAAAAUUAUUUCGUAAAUCGAAUCAGUGGGUAGUCGAAUCGAAUCCAUUUUGGAAAGUUCGAACAUUUUAUGAGAAUCGAUCGACUCUCGAUAAGCUUCCCAAACAGCAAAAGAAGGUAAUUUUUGUGUGUAAUCAUCAGAGUAAUAUGGAUCCUUUUGUGUUAUUGUCAGCUUUACCUAUUGAGGCUAAAUGGGUCGCCAAGCACGUGUUAUUUAACGUUCCAUUUGGUGGUUGGUUGAUGAGAAUGGCAGGUGACGUUCCAAUUGUCUUCAAGUCAAAACUUGCUCACAAUACUGUCACUGAUAAGGACAGUGUCGCACAGGCCUUAAGUCGUCUCAAAAAUUACCUCAAUAACGAUACUGCUGUUUUCUUUUUCCCAGAAGGAAGACGUUCCGACGAUCCAAAUACUUUUUUAGAAUAUCGAAAGGGAGCAUUUAUCAUGAGUUUGGAAUGUGGAGCUGAUAUUAUUCCUCUCGCUGUUCAUGGAACUCACACCAUGUGGGAAACACGUCACAAAAUGCCAAAACCAGGACGAGCUUCUAUUGUGAUAGGAGAUCCCAUCAGUGUGAAAGGAAUGACACUGGAAAAAGAUGUGGAUCACUUGUUAGAGAAAGUUCGAAAUAAGAUUACGGCAUUGCAUGUGACUGCAAAACAUCAUUAUAUUAAUAUGAAAUGA